GUUGUUGAUCGUUGCUCACGUUGCUGCAGGGGCUAGUGUGCAAGAUAGAGGAGAGAACCUAUAAUAUACGGAAGAUUAGGAACCCCUGUUGCUAUCAUCGGGAUGUGUUGUCAUGGUGAUGGAGGAUUAGAGCCAAGAUUGAUGUUGCUUCAUCUCAACCAGGCAACGGUUUCAGAAUGGAUGGUGCAGAGUUGUAUUGUUUUGAAGACUUUGAGAGUCAACUUUCUCCUGGAGAGCAUCUGGAUGACACUAAGAACACAGAUGGCCAGUGUGGAAACAAAAACCUCAGAAACGGCUCUGGCGAGGAUAAAUUCAGGAUUCGAACCAGGACAGACCACCCAGAUCAACGGUUGAGAGUGGCACAGAGAGAAACCAGCGGGGUUGAACAGCAUGUCAAGAACGCUGAUAAGCCCAGUGUCAAACUGGGUCAUGGCAACAAUCACCAACGACAACAGGAUGGACGGUUAGAUCAUCCUGGCUUCCUGGGGAAAUCCCAGGGCUAUGGGCCGACAAGGCAGGGUGGUGUCACUGCCGUCAAACAAAGGAUUCUACAAAGAGGAAAGACUGUGGAUGGACCAGAAGCCAGCCACGUUGGCGCUGUGGGAUCCAACCGGUUCAGACCAGGGCACUUAGUGAGGACUCAGUCGACUGAUGAAGGAAAAGAAAUACACAGGGGUCCCAGGGAGUCACUGAACUAUUCUGACAGAAGGAUUUUGCAGGUUAAUGACCAAAGAAUUAGUAAAGGUGUGAGCAAAAAGACAAAUUCUGUUACUGAAAUGGAAUCAGGAAAUAGUGCCUGCAUGAACGGUGACAGCAUGCACAGGGGAAGCACAGCAGUAUCCGAAAGCGCUGCCCUCUUGGAUCACGUGGAUAAGUUGAGCGUGAGAGCCAGACCAGACACGAACCUCCAAAACAAAAAGAUGCGGGAGGGUCCUCCAGUGACGGCACUGCGACCAGGUCGGUCGGGAAGCCCUCGCAGUUGGAAUUUUGCCACUCAGAGCAUCGUCCCCCGAUUUGCCAACAGGGAAGACUCGGAGAUUCUGACUGCUAUCCGAAAGAGCCCUACCUUCAAGGGUCCCAGUGACGAACGCAGACGACCUCUGGUGACAAACUGCAGUAUAGAUAGUGCAAUGGACCAACAAUUGUCAGACAAUGCACCAUAUAUUGCCAACAGUGUCGCUUCAAGUGCUGAUUGCCUCUUGUCCGACAAACAGGACAGCAUCAGUAUUUUUGGCCCCGGAGAUCUCAUUAAAGAUGUCAUAGCUAAGACUGGAUCCAUCCAUUCUGAGAUACCCACUGCUCUGCUGGAUCCUACAGAAGAAAGUGAAGUGAAAUUUGAUGGGCGGCUUCAAAGCAUCUCGAGUCGUGAUGUUGCACCAGGUCUGCCUCCGUCAGGCAGAGGAAAGAAGGUCUCAACCAAACCUCCUAGAAGCCGAGAUGCUUGCACUGCUGAGGGUCUCUGUGACUGUGGAGAAGGUUUUAAUCAAAGUGAGAACACCCACAAGCCCGUCUGUCGGUCACUGACAGCACCAGCUAUAUCAGUCCCACCUGCAGAGGAUGAACCAAGUAAACCGCUCCCAAGACCCAAGCCUCCUCUAGGACCGAGAGUGUCUGCUCCCAUGCUGGGAAUCUCUAGUGCAGGUAAGUCUUCUUCUGGUUGUGUUUCUAGACCUUUUCACACUAUCAUCUCGCCUACUUGUACAUGUGUACAAUGUGUUGAAAUUAACACAGGCAGGGGCAUCGGGGGGAGGGGGGAUGUGACAACAAAUUUGUUGAUAGAAGAGUAG